CUGUCAAAUGGUAAUAGAUUUGUUCCCUCAUUUAUUAGUGCUCGGUUCGUAUCCCAACCUGACCAGGCAUUAAUUUUCUCUAGAAAAAGUUCUAAAUUCAACGUAAGCGCUCCUAACAAACGCUCCUGAGCGUUUUGUAAGAAUGAACCGUCUGAUGAACACUGGACCCGAGGGCAGGCUGAUCCGUAAGGCCAGGGGCUUGGCCUGUAGCUUGGACGAUCUUAUAGACAAGGCUGAUGCGCUACUUCUGGAGGCUAAGAACGCGGACGAGGACAUGAUGAACUGCUACAAUUUCCGCGACGAGAACCUGAUGAAGCACCUGUCGGAGCACAAUACCGACGAAGUGCAGAUGCAGCUGUUGCGCGACAACGCUGAACUGAAGGCCACUGCCGAAGAGUUCCGUAGUGGCACCGAGCACAUCAUGGCCAAGUAUCGGGAGCACUGCGAUGGCGACAUGUUCAUUGACACCUACCAUCUGCGGGAGCAGUAUAUGGCCGGCCUGGCGGGUAUCGUUCAGCAUCAGAACGAGCGCAUCGAGCAGAUGGCGGAAGUUAUGAAAAUGAUUGUUGACCUGGAGGAUCGUGCCUCUGACGGCAACCAGCAGGUUAUUCGCCAGCUGUCAGUGGAGAACGAGCAGAUGCGCCGCCAGCUGCAGAUCAACUGCGGAGACCCGCUUUUUCGCCAGGGAUCCCUCGGCUCCAGCGAGAGCAGCACCCAGUUCGAGCUGAGCCUGUCUUCCGACCCAGACGCCUCCGGGGCAAGCAGCCUGGACAGCUUGGAAAGUUUCAUCUCUUGCCUCUCGACAACGGCCAAUGGCGAACUGGAUUCCGACAACUCCUCCGGACGAUCAGAAGUGAGCCAGCUGGAGGUCAGCCGCCUUAUCGAUGAGGCUCUAGCCGAGAGCUUCACGGAGCCAUCGUCCAGUCAGGCCGAGUAGAGAAACCAAACAGGACUUGAUCCUGUUACAACACGGAUUUUUCAACACUGAUUCUACAACACUUAUCUUGCAACUUCACUAUCAUUUUGUAAUACAAUUCGAAAAGGUUAUAACUCGGGAUGGCGAUCCGUUUCUCCCUUAGCUGCACAAGGGGAGUCCAACGUAUUCCCAUCCCGAAAUGUAACUUUUUCGAAUAUGUACUAACAGUAUUUAACAACUUUUAUCUACAUAGAUGAUUAAUUAUUCGCUGAGACAUUUUUUUGCUGUUUGUAACACCUUUUUACUCUAGUUAAUUGCUUCAUAAAGUUUUACACCCA